AGCUGCAGUAUAUAUAGCCCUCAAUCCCAGCUUUUCUCCACCUUCCUUUUUGUUGUCCAGCAGCUGUUUCUUUGAGCUCCUCUGCAGAUAUGGCCACAGCUGGGAAGGUUAUCAAGUGCCGGGCGGCGGUCGCCUGGGAGCCCAACAAGCCUCUGGUGAUUGAGGAGAUUGAGGUGGCGCCUCCUCAGGCCAAUGAGGUCCGCAUCAAGGUUAUGGCUUCAGGAGUGUGCCACACAGACCUUUACCAUCUGUUUGAGGGAAUGCACAAAGACGGCUUUCCCGCAGUCCUCGGCCACGAGGGGGCCGGCGUAGUGGAAAGUGUCGGUGCUGGUGUCACUGAAUUUCAGCCAGGGGACAGGGUUAUCCCUCUGUUCAUCUCCCAGUGUGGAGAAUGUCGCUUCUGUAAGAGUCCUAAGACCAACCAGUGUGAGAAAGGAUGGGCUGCCGAUCGUAUUGAUGUGAUGUCCUCAGCAGACUCCAGGUUUACCUGUAAGGGGAAGAAGGUGCUGCAGUUCAUGGGAACCAGCACUUUCUCUGAGUACACUGUGAUAAACCAGAUUGCUGUGGCUAAGAUCGAUCCUGCCGCCCCUCUGGACAGAGUCUGUCUCCUCGGUUGUGGGGUCUGCACAGGCUUUGGAGCAGCAGUUAACACUGCUCAGGUUGAACCGGGCUCCACCUGUGCUGUGUUCGGUUUAGGAGCCGUGGGUCUGGCCGCAGUCAUGGGCUGCAAGUUUGCAGGAGCAAAGAAGAUCAUUGCUGUUGACAUCAACCCAGAGAAGGCUGAAAUCGCCAAGGUGUUUGGGGCCACCGACUUUGUGAACUCCAAAGAUCACAAGAAACCCAUCAGUGAAGUGCUGGCUGAGAUGACCAACGGAGGAGUGGACUACUCCCUGGAAUGUGUCGGGAAUGUGGGAGUCAUGCGCAGUGCCUUGGAGGCCUGUGUGAAAGGCUGGGGUGUCAGCGUGAUUGUUGGCUGGACCGACUUGCACGACUUUGCCUCCCGACCCAUUCAGCUGAUUGCAGGGCGCACAUGGAAGGGCUCUCUGUUUGGAGGGUUCAAGAGCAAGGAUGGCGUCCCUCAGAUGGUUAAAGCUUACCUGGAGAAGAGGGUGAAACUGGACGAGUUCGUCACCCACAGCAUGACCCUGGACCAAGUGAACGAUGCCGUUGAGCUGAUGAAGCACGGCCGAUGCAUCCGUACAGUUCUGACUAUCUUUCCCAAAUAAAACCCCCUGGAUGUUGAAAUCCUGUCUCCACAAAACACCUUGAACAGGCAAGAACUCUUCAGGGGAUCAUGGGCACAGAGUGAUUGUUUCAACUGUACAAGAAAUGUAUGUGGAGCCUAAUAAAUACCCAAAACAGAUGGUGUAAAGACUAUACAGGAUCAAUAAACUGUAUUGUAUCUUUAAACUGAA